AUGAGAUUGUUUCAGGAAAUGAGAAAUGCUAAAUGUGAACCAGAUGUCACGUCGUUUAAUACCAUAAUCAAUGCAACUCUCAAAGCAGGGAAUAUUCAGUAUGCCAAAGAACUAUUGACAGAUAUGCUUCAGAAGGGUUUGAUGCCGGAUGCUUUCACCUUUUCCAUAUUAAUAAACAGGUUUUCAAAACUAGGACAAAUGGAGGAAGCUACAAGCAUAUUUGAUAGAAUGGUUGCUUGUGGCUUCACAGCAGACACCCUUGUAUAUGAUUCUUUACUAAAGGGCUUUAGUUCAAGUGGAGAAAUGGACAAAAUUAUUAAUUUGCUUCAUCAAAUGGCUGCUAAAGGUGUUGUCCUUGACUCGGAAAUUACUUCCACUAUCUUGACGUGUCUCUGUGACAUCUCUGGAGAUCUCGAUGUGAUAAAGUUUUUACCCAGUUUUCCACAAGACACUUCUAUAGGACUGAGGGUAUCAUGUGAUGAGUUGUUGACGCAACUCCAUCAAGCUCAUCCUGAUCUUCACUUACAUACUGCUUGA